CUAGCCAUUUUCCGAAACGGAUUGCUAGUGAACGAGCAGUCAUUAGCUAAUUGGUGCUUUAGUUUCGUCGUAUCUAAUUAGUCAGAUUGGUUACGUUAGCUGACUGCCUUGCUUUACAAGCUUGCUAGCUACCUUGCUUAGCUAGCUUCCAGGCCAGCCAGGCACAGGUGAAGGCACAACGAUAUGAACUAGCUGUGCUGGCUAGUUAGCAGAUUCAUGACGAGCUGUCGCAUAACGUUAUAAUAGCUAAUUAGCGGCAUGUAAUGCAUACUAUCGUGGUUGCCGUUUGAUUUAGCUCCCGGAAUUAGCUAACGUUAAUAUCUUUCAGUAAUGAAAGUGGGGAAGGACACCGCAUUUAGAGAGCUAGUCGUCUAGCUAAGUAACUGCUGUAUUUGACAUGUGUUCAGUUUUUGCUACAGGAUAGGCUUUUUAUCUAGGAAAGUUGAGUGAAGCAGCUAGCUACCUACCUAACGUUAACCAAUACCAACAAGGGGUCGAGUGAUGACGGAGUACAAGUUGGUGGUGGUGGGAGCAGGAGGCGUAGGGAAGAGUGCCCUCACGAUCCAACUCAUCCAGAACCACUUUGUGGAUGAAUAUGACCCCACUAUCGAGGACUCCUACAGGAAGCAGGUGGUGAUCGAUGGGGAAACAUGUCUGCUCGACAUUCUAGACACAGCGGGACAAGAGGAGUAUAGCGCCAUGCGCGAUCAAUACAUGAGAACAGGGGAGGGCUUUCUCUGCGUUUUUGCCAUCAACAACUGCAAGUCCUUUGAAGACGUGCAUCUUUACAGAGAGCAGAUAAAUCGGGUGAAGGACAGUGACAGUGUUCCCAUGGUGCUAGUGGGCAAUAAGAGUGACCUGGCAUCCCGCACUGUGGAGACCAGACAGGCACAGGAGUUGGCAAAAGGAUAUGGAGUGCCCUUUGUUGAGACCUCUGCCAAGACCCGACAGGGUGUGGAGGAGGCAUUUUACACUUUGGUGCGAGAGAUCCGGAGGCAUAAAGAGACCAAUCGCAGCAACAAGAAGAGCAGGAAAAGCAAACAGAGACGUUGCACCCUUUUAUAGUGGAAGCGUUUGCUAAACUGCUAUUGCUAACGCUGUUACUGAGACCAAUCGAUGACGCCAUGUCUUUUUCACUAGUGUUAAUGAACUGUUAAUUUCUCUCCUUGGGUCCUCUCCACACCGCAUAGUACUCUCCCUCCUCUACAGAGCUAGGUAUAUGACAAAUAUUUUAUAUCCAACAACAAGAUAUGCUACUGAAUUGUAUGAGGCCCUUUAUACUGUAAAGUCUCAAAGCCCCACUCUCACUCAAUUAGGAUAAUUGAGGAUAAAAUGAGGAGUAAUAGGUCAGGGUUUUGGGGUUAAAUCAGUAUUUUGCAAUUUGGCCCAUUGUUACUGGGGAACAUCUUACUGCCAGGGUCCUCUUUGUGCCCACUUGUGCCCUGUUGUCAUUGUGGUCUAUUCCUGUUGUUGAAAACAGUUGCAUGCAAAGCGGUACACGGAUGGACCUGUACCCCACUCUACCUGUGUAUGUCAUUGCACAGUUUAUGCUGGUUGCUCUGUUUCUCAGAAUAACAUCCUGAUAAAUUAUCAAGUAUUUAAUCUGGGUCCAACAUACUGAAAUUAACUACUGUAAAUCGCUCCUG